AUGAAGGUACGCGCAGUUGGUGCAAGAAGCCUAUAUGUAACAUGGGAACCGCCACGACUGCCAAACGGAUAUGUUCGCGGAUACUUUGUUACAUUUGAAAAUUCUUCGACCGGUGCAAUAGAAGAAACUUAUGUGCUGAAUAGACAGCUGUAUUACUUACAUGAAGAAGGCGAACCAAACACCGGUUACAAAGUUUCUGUCUGGGCGGAAACAAACGGUGGUGAAGGGCCAAAAGUAAUGAGACCAGUGCGCACUUGGCCGCUCCGAGAGCCAGAUGUACCGAGUUUUAUCGUCGAAGCAACGUCGCCGACUACAAUACAAAUUCAGUGGCUGCCAUCAAAUGGGUCCGAAUGGAUGAUGCCCGGAUCAACUUUUUUUGUUAGAUACUCAAUUGCUGAUAGUGAUGAAUGGACAGAAAGCGAGCAAAUUAGUUUGCCGAGAACGGAUAUACUGUUGAGCGACCUGGAGGAGGACACAGUAUACAAAGUGAUUGGUAUCGCCAAAGAAGGCAAUCAACAGCGAGCUUCUGAUGUGAUUGCUGUUCGAAGUCUUAGUCGCGCAACAAUUGCGCACAUAUCCCAUGGUAAGUAG